AUGGAUUACGCACAAGAAAACUACAAGGCCUACAUUGGACGGCACAUCUCAGAACUACCAACUCCGGCGCUUGUUGUCAGCUUGCCUCUGAUCAAACGAAAUAUCAAGGCAUUACACGACGAUGUCGAGAAACUCGGAAUUGGUUUCAGGCCUCAUAUCAAAACAUUAAAGUCGUUGGAAUUGACACGAAUGAUGCUUGCAGAGGGGAAGUAUAGGUCGAUUGUUGCUUCGACCCUGUGUGAGAUCCACGGAGCUCUGCCGUUGGUUAAAGAGGGUAUACUUGAUGAGUGCAUCUAUGGGUUGCCGGUUUAUCCUGGCAUCAUCCCACGACUUGCAGAGCUGCGGGCGUCAAUCCGAAUUCUCCUGAUGGUAGACUGCGAGCAGCAAGUCACGGCCCUGGAGAAAGCCGGGUUUGACAACCCUUGGGACGUCUUCAUCAAGCUGGACGUUGGCACGCACCGCGCGGGUGUCAUGUAUAGUAGCUCAUCACUGAAUCGCCUGGUGGAGAGAGCUGAGGCGUCUUCGGCGGUAAGGAUACAUGGAUUCUACUGCCAUGCCGGCCACUCAUACGGCGGCCGCUCGCGCGGCCAGGCCGAGGACGCCCUUGGGCUCGAGCUCAGCAGUGCACUCGAUGCAGCGAAGCUUCUGCCAGAUGACCGUGAGCUCAUUGUAUCUAUCGGUUCAACCCCCACGGCUCAUGUGGUUCAGAGCCUGAAGGCCCUGGCUCCUGCCAACGUCAAGUUGGAAUUACAUGCAGGCAACUUCCCCUGCAACGACCUUCAGCAAGUAUCAACGGGACUUGUGUCGGAGAUGGACCAAGCAGUUCGUUUAGCCGCUGAGGUCUGCAGUAUCUAUCCGGAACGGAACGAAGCGCUCAUAAAUGCAGGCGUAAUUGCUCUUUCCCGUGAGACCAGUGCCUAUCCAGGGUUUGGAAAAGUUGUUGAGCACCCCUCCUGGUCUGUUGUCCGCCUAUCACAGGAGCAUGGGAUCUUGGGCAUACCGGAGGGUAAAGGUGGGGUCACUGAAUCGGUAGGAGAUGUUCUUGAGGUUGGGAAGAAAAUCACACUGUAUGUCAAUCAUACCUGUAUGACGGCAGCUGCAGCUCAUGUGUAUUUCGUUGUGGACGAAAAUGAUGUGGUAAGGGAGGGGUGGGUACCAUGGAAAGGAUGGUGA